AUGGACUUUAAUCUUCUCUCUACACUUCAAGUCGAUAAAGACUGGAAGAAUUUAAAGACCAUUUCGUUGACUGGGAAUGACUUGUCUUCAUCAGUUAUUGAGUGUUUACAAAUGAAGCUCUCGGUGUCCACAUAUGAAGCUGAUGAGGUGUCUGAGAUUGAACAUGGGAUAUAUCUUGGCUCACUCGCAAAUGCAAGCGAUCAGUUCUUACUUGCGCGACUUGAGAUCAAAUGGAUACUUUCUGUGUGUGACGUGGUACCUUUCUAUCAAAGAAAAUAUCGCUACAAAACAAUCAAUGUAUUGGACAUGCCAGAGACUAACAUUUUGGAGUAUUUCGAUGAGGGCACUUCCUUUUUAGAAGAAGCUCAAAAGAAGGGAGAAAACGUCUUAGUUCAUUGUAUGGCCGGCGUAAGUCGAUCCGCUUCUAUCAUCGUGGCUUAUAUCAUGAAAACGAAAAAAUUAAGUCGAGACCAGGCUAUUACUUAUGUCAGAACUAAAAGGCCUAUUAUUCAGCCAAACAAUGGCUUCAUGUCUCAAUUAUAUCAAUACCAAAUGAUACUCGAAAAUAUUGAAAAUGAAAAGAAAUGUCACAAUGAAAAAGUUACAAUAAAAGAGGUAAAAACGUCAAAUAAAGGAGAAAAAAAAGAAGAUUGUCAGCUCGUAUAA